GCCGCAUCGCCGCAGUUUCGCAACCCCCCAUUUAACAGCACCUAUGGGUGCCCAAAGCGAACCGGGAACUUGAAGGAAAUCACCGCGGACGGUGAGCGAGACAUUGUCUCGCGCGUUGAAAGGGUGCCCACCGUUGCUUCGCGCAUGCCCAAGCCGUUGCUUCGCGCGCCCAACCAACGAGCUCCUGGACGCACCUGCUGGGAUCGGGAGGAGGAGAUGCCGGCAGAUGCAGGCAUCCAGUUGCUGGAAGCGAUUCUGGUCCGUGACAUGUCACAGGCCCAAGGCUUGCUGAUGGCCAAGGUGGACGUCAAUCGUCACCGAGAUAAGCAGCAGCGGACGGCGCUUCACUUGGCCGCCACCCAAGGGGUCGUGGGCUUGUGCAGGAUGCUCAUCAAUCAUGGCGCCGAGCUGGAUGGCCAGGAUGCGUUGGGGAACUCAGCUUUGCACCUGGCGGUCUUGGACUGGCAGAAUUUGAUGAUCCGCGUGAUGCUGGAGGCCCAGGCUUCGCCGAACUUGGUGAAUGCCACGGGAGAGACUCCACUCAUGUUGGCGGUCAACGCAGGCAACAUGCAGGCGAUGCAGCUGCUCUUGGACGCCAACGCCUCGGUAGAUUUCACCAGUGCUGGUCCUGUGGCUGAAGGAGGCUCGGUGCUGCUGCGCGCGGUGCAGCGGCAGGUGCUGUGUGAACUUGUCGAGCUCUUGUUGACGAACCGGGCAAACCUGGAAGCUCGAGACCAGGAGGAGAACAGCCCACUUCACCUGGCAGUGCAGAACGGCGACCCUCGUGUGGCGCGCCUCUUGCUGGAACGUCGCUGCGACGUGGACGCCUGCAACGCGGUCGGUCGCACGGCCGUGCACCUGGCGGCGGCCACGGGGUCGGUGCGGAAUCUGCGGCUGCUGGCGGAGUACCGAGCCGACUGUGGGAAGCGAGACAAUUUGGGGAUCUUACCGAUGCAGUUGGCGACCUCGACAUGCCAGCGAGUCUUGCAGGAGCUGGGUGGUUACGACUCUGAGAGCCCCAGUCAUUCCGUCAGCCCGAACCACUUUCCGCUGGCGGAGGGCGGGGAAUGGGCCAUGGGCCCCAAGGGCGGUGGCGUUUUCCCAGCCGGACGAUUUCAAGUCGAGCCGGACCUCGCGAAGCGAUCCAGUCCGGAGAGGUCUCCCCUGAGUCGUGCGCGGCUACGGGGUCAACGCAGCUUACCUCUUUUAGAGGCGGCGGAGUCUGGUAGGAGGAUGCACUCACCACAUUUGUACAAGAAGGCCAGUGGUGGAAAUCUGCCUAGACUUGCUUGGAACUUGGAGCCCAGAAAGAGGCGAUCUUGCUGCGAGGUGUGAUCGAGGGCGCAGGGGUCCUAUCCUAGCCACCUCGAUUGUUGAAUCGAAGGUCGGUUUUGUGUCAAGGAGAACUUUUGGAAGAAAAGCAUGUCUCAAC